UGGUGCAGCGUUUCGGCAAUUUUGUAUGGUGAAUGUAGCGUACCCAGUCCACAACACGAAUACGCGCUUGAUGGAUUGAGGGGAUGCCGGCACAGUAACAAUCUCAUCGAAGAUGGCCGGCACCUGCUAUUGCCCCAGCCACCUUCUGCGGCUAGUUUUAUCGUGCCGGAAAAUCACAGCCCAGGUCACUAGUACUUCCACAUCAUCCAUCAUAGCCAUGGCCUCAUCUUCCGAGCAAGAAUUCGUUGCCCAUUACCGCGCCAAGCUCAAUCGAUUUCCCAGAUCCCAUCACUUUUGGGACGCAAAGGUCGCCUCUCGCGUCGGCGAGAAGCUAGGUUUCCGCCUCAGAGAAAUUGGGGUCAACGCAGUUGAAAUCGACGUUCUUGAAGAAAAAUCUAGGCCGGUUCACCAUCGAAUGAUGGUCUUACCGCUUUUUGACUCCGUCAAACGCGUCGGCGUGGAGGUUUCCGGAGUCGAGAAAUUGUCGGGUGGCUUACAUCCAUGAUUAGAAAAUAUCAUCCAAACAAAUAUCUAGUGCUGUAUCUACACAAUCUGUUAGAGCUAAGUCAGAUCCUACAUGGGAGCAUUGUAUUGAAAUCCAAAUAAAAAGGGUGGCAAACCUCGCUUAAGAUGCCUAUACUGUGGAAAGGAAUUUGGCGGUGGUGGAAUACACAGACUGAAACAACACCUUGCUGGAAAAAAAGGAGAUGCAAUUAGUUGUAAAAGUGUGCUACAUGAUGUUCGCUAUCAAUUGGAGGAAAACUUGAAAGAAAUUGAUCAAAAGAGACCAACUAAGAAAUUGAGAAUAUAAGAAGAGGAUAAUCCAUUGGAAGCAGAUGAUGGAAUUGUGCAAGAAAUAAUUCCUCCAAGUUCAUCUCAAUUAGUCAAAAAAAAGGCAUCUACAGCUGGAGACAAAUUAUUUGCCCCAAGGACAACCUCAGGAGCAUAGCCAGGAAUUUGAAGUGCAUUUGCAAGUAAAGAAGUUUGGCAUAGAGCGGAUUUAGCUGUGGUUAGGUGGUUGUAUGAUUGUUGCAUUCCUAUGAAUGUUGUAAAUUCUGUUUACUAUCAGCCUAUGAUAGAUGCUAUUUUAGCUAUUGGCCCUGGUUAUAAAGGACCAACUUACCAUGCCGUGAGAACUAAAUUAUUGCAAGACAUGAAAAAGGAGGUGCAAUUAUUGGUUGAUGAAUGUAGAAACUUUUGGGCUGAGACUGGAUGUACAAUAAUGGCUGAUGGUUGGCAGAAUCAAAGAAAUGGACAAUUGAUUAAUUUUCUUGUUUACUACCCUAGAGGAAUGGUCUUCAUUAGAUCUGUUGAUGCAUCGGAUAUUGUUAAGAAUGCUCAAAAUCUUUGCAACUUAUUUAUGGAUAUUGUUGCUUUUGCU